AUGGGUUUCACUGGUAAGAGUGUUUUGCUAACUCUCAUAGCACUUUGCUGCUUCAUUUCCUCUGUUUUCAGCACUACAGCUCAACCUCCAAUGAAACUAAUAACACCAUUGCCAACUCUCCCACCGGCCAAAGCUCCUAUCAAGAUACCAACUCUCCCACCUGCCAUAGCUACGAUCAAGCCUCCGGUUCUCCCACCGGUUUCACCUCCUAAGUUCAACAGGACACUAGUGGCCAUGCGGGGUGUGGUCUUCUGCAAAGCCUGCAAGUACGCCGGUGUAAACAAUCUCGAAGGCGCCAAACCUGUUAAAGGUAUAUACAGAGCCGUGCUCACCAUUAUACAAAAAAGGCAUGAGCCUCAAAUGUAG